UUGACCGUAUCGUAUCGUAAAUUGGUAAUUUUUGUAGCGUAAUUCGGGCGUGUGCUUUCUUUGCGCGUAAACUGAAAUAAACUAACCGUUAAUCCCUCAUAAAGCAGGCCCCGAGUAUCCUUUCUACUUUAUUUUACAGCGGCAAAUGAUGAUAACGUGUUUUCUACCACACCCUUGACUCGAACCUCGCGAUCGUUUGCAUGUUUAUUAGAUCGGCCGUAUUCCUGGCCGAGUAAAUUCCUCGCGAGUUUUCGGUUAUCCUGUUGGUGCAGUGUUAUGUGUAAAAGUUAGCUGAGCUAAGCUAAUGGUGUGCAGUGCUUAACUGUAUAUUUGUGAUUGAUAUUGAUGGGCCGUGCAUACACGGGGCAGGCGGCGAGAAAGCCGCACCGGCGGAGUCUUGGUUCCUGGAGGGUCUACGUUAAAAUCCGCCACACUGGAACUGAUGGAAUUGGAGAAUAUUGUCGCCAACACUGUCUACUUGAAAGCCAGAGAGGGUGGUUCCGAUAGCAAUAAAGGCAAGAGCAAGAAAUGGCGGAAGAUACUUCAGUUCCCACACAUAUCGCAAUGUUUAGAUAUAAAAACAAAAAUAGAUGUAGGUUACGACUACGUGGUGGACCAGCAGCCGAUCGGCAAGCACCUGUUCCGCCAGUUCUGCGAGCGGAACAGGCCGGAGUACCACAAGUACAACAGCUUCCUUGAUGCGGCGGAGAAGUACGAGGUGGAAGUGGAAGAGUCGCGGACUGCGCUCGCCACAGAGGUGUUCGCGCGGUUCCUGACUGACGACGGAGAUGCUGUCACCGACGUUCUGAGUUCGACGGUCAUUGAGGAGGCGAAAUCCUCCCUAGAAGGUGGCACUAAAGACAUAUUCUCUGAGUGCAUGCGAUGCGUGAAGAGUUUCUUGGCGGGCACUCCGUUCGCCGAGUUCGAAAGAUCAAUGUACUUCCACCGGUACCUGCAGUGGAAGUGGCUGGAGGCCCAGCCGGUGACCCAGCACACGUUCCGGAUGUACAGGGUGCUGGGCAAGGGCGGUUUUGGGGAGGUCUGCGCAUGUCAGGUUCGAGCGACGGGUAAAAUGUACGCUUGCAAAAAACUGGAGAAGAAGAGAAUAAAGAAACGUAAAGGCGAAGCUAUGGUUCUCAUUGAGAAGCAAAUACUGCAGCGAAUCAACUCGAGAUUCGUUGUCAACUUGGCGUACGCUUACGAGACGAAAGACGCGCUCUGUCUCGUUCUAACUAUAAUGAACGGUGGAGAUCUAAAGUUUCACAUCUACAACAUGUGCGGCGCUGACACGGGCUUAGGCUUGGAGAGGGCGAGGUUCUACGCGGCGCAAGUCGCGUGCGGUUUGGAGCAUUUGCACAAGAUGGGCAUCGUAUAUAGAGACUGCAAACCAGAGAACAUACUGCUGGACGACGCGGGCCACGUGCGCAUCUCGGACCUGGGGCUCGCCGUGGACGUGCCCGAGGGCGGCAGCGUGCGCGGCCGCGUGGGCACCGUCGGCUACAUGGCGCCGGAGGUCAUAGACAACGAAAGAUACACAUUCAGCCCAGACUGGUUUUCAUUCGGCUGUUUGGUGUACGAGAUGAUCGAGGGUCGAGCGCCGUUCAGGGCGCGCAAGGAGAAGGUCAAACGGGAGGAGGUCGAUCGCAGGGUCAAGAGCGAGCCGGAGAAGUACUCGGGCAAGUUCAGCGAGUGCGCGCGGGCGCUGUGCGCGGCGCUGCUGGCCAAGGCGCCGGGCGCGCGCCUGGGCUGCGGCGCGGGCCGCCGGGGCGCCGCCCACGUGCGCGCGCACCGCUUCUUCCAGCUGCUCAACUGGGCGCGGCUCGAGGCCGGCAUGGUGCCCGCGCCGUUCGUGCCCGACCCGCACGCGGUCUACGCCAAAGACGUGCUCGACAUUGAACAGUUCUCGACCGUGAAAGGGGUCAACUUAGACGCCGCCGACGACACUUUCUACGGCAAGUUCAACACCGGCUCAGUCAGCAUCCCGUGGCAGACGGAGAUGUUGGAGACCGGAUGCUUUGCUGAAUUGAACGUGUUCGCUAGAGGUAAGUUAUUAUUAACUCGACAUUGAACAGUUCUCGACCGUGAAAGGGGUCAACUUAGACGCCGCCGACGACACUUUCUACGGCAAGUUCAACACCGGCUCAGUCAGCAUCCCGUGGCAGACGGAGAUGUUGGAGACCGGAUGCUUUGCUGAAUUGAACGUGUUCGCUAGAGGUAAGUUAUUAUUAACUCGACAUUGAACAGUUCUCGACCGUGAAAGGGGUCAACUUAGACGCCGCCGACGACACUUUCUACGGCAAGUUCAACACCGGCUCAGUCAGCAUCCCGUGGCAGACGGAGAUGUUGGAGACCGGAUGCUUUGCUGAAUUGAACGUGUUCGCUAGAGGUAAGUUAUUAUUAACUCGACAUUGAACAGUUCUCGACCGUGAAAGGGGUCAACUUAGACGCCGCCGACGACACUUUCUACGGCAAGUUCAACACCGGCUCAGUCAGCAUCCCGUGGCAGACGGAGAUGUUGGAGACCGGAUGCUUUGCUGAAUUGAACGUGUUCGCUAGAGGCGAGGACGGCAGAGAAGCGCCGACGGUAGACCUCCAAUUGACGGCCGACGUGCCCGCCGCUGACGAAGCGAACGGAUGCUUUACAUUCGUUAGAAAGGCGCUGUGCCCUCAGAAGCAGGUGCCGGCGCGGCUGCGGCCGGUGCCGGUGCCCGACCACCUGCUGCCGCACAGCUGACCGCCUCCAGGGGGGGGAGAUCCACAAAACUAAUGGAACUUGUAAUCAAUCUUUGAAAUACCAAAUGAAUAAACAACUAUGGAUUUAUAAUAAAAUAGUAUGUGCGUUACGUUUAGAUGAAAAGAAAAAAAAAACUGUAAUUCCUUACACAGAACGCCUUAAAUAGGAGGGAUGAAUAGCCGAAAAGAAAAUUGUUGUUAUUUGCUUUAUAGGAAAUUAAAAAAAAAAUAGACAAGUGACUUGCAUUAUAGAUUAAGCUUACUGUUAUGUCAGGGGAAAUUUUAAUAAUCAGCCACCAUUUAUUUGCUACUAAACUAACUUGUGUAAAAUUUUUGAUUUGAUACACUGACCUUGUUUAUUUUCAAUUAUAAUUUUGACAAAAGUUUUUAACAUCUUUACAAAACAAAAAUUUUUUUCGAUAAUUUUUUUUUUAGAAUACAGACAUUUAAAAGAUUUCAAAUGUUAAAAAUAUGGAUGUGGAACAUGAAUAAAAAUAAUGGUGAAGUUGUUAAUGGUAGGAACAUUGUGAAAUAAUGCAUAUUUGUGUGUAGGAUAUAGAAAUGUAUGUUUUAAUUUUGUACAAUUCCUGGAUACGACAUGCAUAUGAUAAGACUUAUAAGAGGUUUCGGAUGAAUAGGAAGUUGACUUUUGAGUAGGUAAUGCAAUUAUAGCAAAAUGCAAUUUUUCGUGUAUUUUUUGUUAAAAUGAAGUAAUGUGUUGUAAUAAACUGAACAAGUAAAAUGUAGGAAAUUCGUAUUAAAUUAAAUUUGACAUAUUUUGGAAUUGCAAAAACCGACUACGAAUUUUCUCCGGAACAUUAUAUUUAUUUUCUUAUCCCAUGACAAAAAAAAUAUUAAAAUAUACGCAACAAAUUAUACUGAUUGAGUUAGCCUCAAGUAUGUUCAAGAUUUGUGUUAUGGGAUACCUACUACUAACUCAACGAUAAUAUAUUUCACAAUAAAUUGUGACAAACAUACUCGUUAUAAUUCAUAAUAUUAAAACUAAAGAAUGAAACUUUGGGAAAAUAAGGAAAUUUGACAGAUAUACAACUGUUGAUAUAAUAGUUUUAAAUGGAAGUUUUUGAAUGUUUUGCAGUAAUAUCAUGAACAAUUUAGCUGUAAGAGAAAGUCCAUUGCCCGUAUUGAUUUGUAAUCGCGCAAAUGUUUCUACACAGAGAGAUAUGAACAUACUAGAUUUAGAUAAAUAGUAAUAAAAAAAUGCCUUCGUAUUUUUAAUUUCGUUAUUUCUUUUUCCUUUAGUUUUUCGAACAAAGCAGAAUCAGAAGGAAUUUACAAAAAACAACAUUUGCUAAAUCAUAUUAGAAAGUAAUUUUUUUCUGAUCAUAUUUUUUUUUCAUUCUUUAAGAAAGCCUGCCUUAAUUAAUAUGUGAAAGUAUUAUGCAACUUUUGACUGAACUUUCUUUAUUUUUCUUAUUUUACAUAUACAUUUUUUUCUACUUUCAUUAAUUAUUUCCACUACACUAAGGACGUAUUCGCGUGUAGAGAAAAGUCAUGUAUAUUUUUGUAUAUAGCACAGAAUUAUUUAAAAUAUAUAAAUAAGACUAAGUUGAUAUUAUUUUUUAUUAUGCUAUUUUUAUUUUCUUAAAGGUUAAAUGCCUCCAUAAUUGUGUAUUAUCAAAUUUAGCCUUUAUUUUACUGAGCAGGGAUGUAAAAAAGAAUUGACACGUAAAAACGGAUCUUACAUGUAUAAAAUUGGGUGCGAUUCAAUGUGAAUGUUUUUCGAAUGAAAUAAUUGUAAAUUAAAAGAUAUGAUGCGUUUUAAGGGCGCAAAUAGUCCUUAUCUUUGAUUGUUAUCAAUCAAAGAUCAUAAACUAAAAAAAAUAAACUAUUAAAACGAAAUCAGAUGAGAAUAAAAUAAAAGUACUGGGAAUUUUGUCAUUUUCACAUAAUCAAAUGAUGAAAACCAAUUACAAUAUUCAUUAUGUACAGUGCCAACUUAAAAAUGUAUGUACGAUGAAUUUUUUUUUAAUUCAAAAUGACAACCAAUGUCUUAAUUAUAUUCAACGGACACGAAACAUUCUUACGAAAGCAAAACAAAUAAAUUCCAAAGUCUUAAGUGGUAAUUUUAGAAUCUAGCAAUAAUAUGGAAACGAAUUGUCUAUGUAUCAUUUGUCUAUGAUAUUUAGUAAAUUUUCUGUAAUUUAUGGUUUCGGUCGAACGUAGAUAUAUUAUUUCCGGCUGAUGUGAAUGUUAGUAAGUUGGUAUUUGUAAAUGUAGUAAUCGCACAAGUCCACCAUAUUUUUACGCCAUCUUUUUGUACAUUGCCAGUAUAAAAAAAAAUAUAUACUUCCAUAUUAUAUUAGUGUGUAAGUAUUAUAAAUGCAUUUUGAUGUGUACCUUUGUAUUGUAUUUUAAUAUUUCAGAAGCCUAAAAUAAUGUCGUUUUUAGCAUCGCGGUGUUUUUUCAAGGGUAAUAUUGUAAGAUAUUAUUGAAUUUGUCGAACAACUUUUUUUUUUAAUUUGAGUAUACUAUUGUCCGUAUCGAUGCCAUUUUUCGAUUCAAAUUCUCGAUUUCAAAUUUAAAUUGCCAAAAAAAGUUAAUAUUGAAUUGGUUAUCGAAAUUUGAAUCAAUGAAAGAAUAAUCGAUUGGUUUAGGAAUGUUCUUAUACAGGGGGUUUUAGUGUAGAAAUUUCAUUGUAGGGGAUGAGUUAUAAAACAAAAUUUACAAGUUAUUAAUAUACAAAAAACAUUUAAUAAAUCUUUGUAAGCUUCAAUUUCUUAAAAAAAACUUUCUUUUUGGUAUAAUUUACAUGGGUAAUAUUAUACAUAGUAUAAUUAGACAGUAAUUUGAUAAUCGAUAGUUUCGAUUAUUUUGAUUCGCUUACUCUAAGUUUUGGUCUAAAACACUCUGUAUAACGAGCAUUAAUAUUUAUUGUAAUUUAUAUUCAAAGUUAGAUUAAUAUUAAAAUGUUCAUCUGAAAGCCAAACGGAUAGGUGUUCACUUUAGAUUAUUGUUUUCGCGCCUUUUUUAUUUAUUAAGAUUUAAGCCAAUAGUUUUUAUACGCAACCGAAUAUUUUUAACAUGACAAGAGAUGUAUUUAAAGUGAAUACUUAGGUAUGUUUGGCGUUGCACGGAGUAUUCGCUUUUUGUAAUAUACAACAGUCCGGUUUCAGCUUUGUUCGUGUGAGAUUAAUUAUUGGUGUUGUCGCAAGAAUUUGAAAGUCACUCUAUUGAAAGCUGCCUGCGUUUAAGGUUUCCCCGCGAACUUCAUCAGCGGCACAAGCAUGGCACAAGCGACCUAGAUUUUAUCGCGCGAUAAACUAGCUCUGUCCCGUUUCACAUCAUAAUAAAAAGCGAAACAGCAACAGUUUAUCGUGCGAUAAAAACGGCGUCGCGUGUGCCUUGCUUCGGAGGCAAGUCGUCUAUCCUGCAUUCCUGAAUUGCAACUCGAAUUCGUGAAAUAAACAAGCGAAUACUCCAUAAAAUAUAAAGUACUGCUCUUUGAAGUAAAUGCGUUGGAAUGGGUACAUUUGGGCGUGCUCAAGGUCUUAGGAGCUCAAUAUGUACAAAUAUUUGUAACGAUGUGUUAGCGCAUAGAGCGGCGAUUCGGGGACUUUUGGUUUUUUAACCUGGCAACAUUAUUAACGAGUUGAAAAUACUACUGUUUUACUGCUAACACAGAAUUCAGGGUUCAUACGAGUAUGUGGCGUUCCACUUGGGUGGAAUCGAGUUAAGGGUGCAUUCAGUGAAAUAUUUGUUAGAUCAUGUCUAAUAUAAAAAAAAAAAUUACAAUUAAUUUUAAUCACAUCAAAAAUUUCAAAGUUACACUUUCAAAUAUCUUAUUGUAUAAUUUACUUGCUUACGAUCAAUUGAAAUCGCAAAAUUAUACCAAUUUUUCACAACUUUUCAAAUAUUUCGGAAACUAGGAUCUGCCCAGUGGUACCUUUUUGAACGCCACACAAUAACAUCAAUUGAUCGCUUUUUGUGUAGUAAUGAUUUGGAUUUAAAUUCUACCCGCCUUUUAGAAAUUUGUUGUCACGUUUCGUAUGUUUUUGGUUUAAAUUAUGUGUGUUUAUUUUUAAAUAGUAUUUGCUUUAUUUUGUAGUUUUGAUAUUCUACAAUGUUCAUCAAUGCAACGUUUCCUAUUAAUUUAUUUUUAGUUUUAUUAAAUGCACAUAAUGAAAGUUGAAUAAUAUAAGGCUUAUAUUAUUCCUUUAUAAACUUUGUAGUGAUUCUAAAACUAUAGGGAUUUUUUUGUUAUUUAUACCCGAUUCGCCGGAUAGUCGCAGAAACUAAAACUAACCAUUUAUUGAUGUAUUUGUCGCCGAAUUUUUGUAUGAAUCUACAUUGUACAGUGAGUUAAAUAUAAAAGUAUACGACUUAUAUGCAUUACCUAGCACAUCAGCUCUCACGGCAGUAAAUUUGAUUGUUUGGCUCAUCUUUUACCAAAAAUUUUGUUAAUAUUGUAAUUUGAUUUUUACAUAUGCGUUAAUACUCGUACCUAGGUUUCGAUCUAGUAUACUUUUUGUAUGUAGCCCACUGUACCGUUACCUGUAUCAUACUCACUCGAAGCAUUUUCUAUUUGUAUUUUUGAAAUAUAAUUAUGUGCUGUUGAAAAAAAAAUGCAAUAUUAAAAGGCCUUGUAGGAUUAUAUUUGCCGCGGUUUGGUCCUCGUGGGAAUUUGAAAAUAAAUUUUCAAAUUUGAUUCUUACGUUUAUAUAAAGUGACUGAGAAAAAAGUUAAAGGCAUGAAUAUAACGUAAAUGUGUUUGUCUUUUAUACGAGUAUGAUUUUUUAAAAAAACUCGCACAGAAGUAAACAAACAAUUUUUUUUUCAAUAGCACAUAAUAUGUAGAGAUUGUUCAAUCUAAAAUUAAACGUCAGACGACAGUAUUAUUAUGGAGGGCACGAGUAUUCAUUUAUUUCAUUUCAAAUGUUGCAUUUAUUUACUGCAUAAAAAAAGAAAAAAUAAAGUCAGUUUCAAUAUUUGUUUUGAAUUAAUCUGAAAUGAUUAGGAAUUUAGUUUGGAUAAUCUCUACAAAGAAACUAGUGAUGGUGCAGAAAGAAUUGAAAUAGAUACUCGAUAUAAUUAAUCGAACAUUUUCUAUAUCCAUCACUAAACGCCCGAAUCAUUUGAUAUUAUCGUGCUGUCUCUGUCUUUUUAUUAUGGGGAGAAAGAGAUGGCACGAUUUAAAAGAUAUUGCUUAUAAGUUUGGAUAUUCGGUGUGCUGUCUCUGUCUUACUUAUUAAAGAGUGAAAGAGAUAGCACGGUUUUGCUUAUAAAAUGCAGUUGUAACUGGAAGCCACUCAUGUAAAUUAAGGAAAGAAAAAUGACUUUGGAAACUUUUUCUUUCUAAUUACACAAAUAAAAGAAACCCGAAUUAAAACGAGAUGAAGAUGUCCAUAAUAGCUCCUUAAAUUGAUGGUAUUGUCGUUUUCAAAAUAAAUGAAAAUUUAUGCGUAAAAAAUUUGAAAUCCUAUAUGGAUCUGAUACAAAGGUCAUUCAAGGUCAUGUUUUUAAUCUGUGGUUUUUAAGUAGGAGUUUGGCUUCCAGUUCCGUGGUAUUUAUAUUCGGGCGUGUAUGAACGUAUGUGACAGCUGAACUGUGUGCUGUAACUAGCUUCAUAGAGAAAGCCGCCGGUUGUAGCAGUAUUGAUGCAAAUAUUGUUAUUUAUAAGUAUUCCUAAUAAAUUGACUCCGAUAUAGA